UUCUUGGGCCCUUGGUUUUCUCUGUUAUGUCCCAGCUUGCAGCGGAGCAGAGGAGUAAAAAGCGCAAGCUUGCGGCCGCCGCAGAUGUCGCAGCGGCCGUGGGCGAGCCGUCGACGAAACGGUCGAAGAAGGACAAGGAUGCGAAGCGGGUCGUGAAGGCGAAAGCAAAGCCCGACAAGGGGAAGUCGCGCGCGACCGACGACGCGUUUCGCGUCGUGCGCGCGACACUCAGCGUUGCCGUCCCACCCGUGUUCGCGGCGGACCUCCGCGGGGGUGUGGAGGAGAUGCUGGACUCGACGCUCAUGAGGUAUAUCCCCGCGCUGCAAGGCGUAGUACUCGCGCACGACCACCUGGAGUUCCUGGACACAGUCGCUACCAUCAAAGCAGACUGCCCAUUCACCAUAUGCAAAGUCACGUUCGACGCGACAGUUUGGAGCCCCCAAGUGGGGAUGAAACUAGUGGGCAAAAUCAACCUCUCCUCCCCGGAUCACAUAUCCCUGCUCGUCCACCGCACUUUCAACGUCUCGAUACCCCGACAUCACAUUACGACAGACGUGUACGAGUUCGAAUAUGGACCCGCGGAGAACGACCCCGAGUUUGGUGCGGGCGGCGCGGAGGAGACCACGCAGAACGCUCCUGCAGAAGGCGCCGAGGGACAAGCUGAGAGCGAUGGUCGUUGGGUACACAAGGUCACCGGUACCAAGCUGGGCGAUGCGGACGCCUCCCUGGAGUUCACCGUGGUCGGCUUGACAAUUGCGAAUCAAAUGCUCUCAUUAGUUGGGUCUAUCCAACCGAAUCCGUUCUCCCCGGAACACGUCCCCAAGGCCGCCGUUACGACCUCAAGCACGACAACCGCUCGGCCCGCGCGUCAUGAUCCUACGCUGAUGAGCGAGCGGGAGGUGGACGCGCUGAUUGAGGAUGCUGAGGACAGCUCUGAGGAGGAUGCGUUUCAGAAGCUGGGCCGCCUGGGCGACGAGGCGGAGGCGGCGGAACGGCGGGCGCGUGAAGCAGCCGAGGAGGCCGCACGGAAGGAGAAGAAGCGAAAACGGAGGGAGAGCAAAGCGCAGGAGAACGGUGGGGAUGGGGCGGAGGCCUCGGGAGAGAAGAAAAGCAAGAAGAAAAAGAAGAGUUAGUCGUGUUCAUCGGUCAUUUUGUCUUCGCUAUGUUUUGC